AUGGCUUUCAACGCAAAAAAUCUGUCUUAUAAUAAACAGGAGCCCGCCUUCUUGCGCAAGUUAAAGGGCGAGUUCGGAGGCCUUGAUGGAAGACAUAAUGUCCAGAUCGCGCGGCCAAAGAAGGAUAGAUUGAAGACAGGGGACGAUGAUGAUGACCCAGUUAUCCUAGACGAGCAAGGUGAGAGGGUUGAGAAGGAAGAAUUCGAACGACGGGUGAGGGAGGGUGACGAAGUCAAGGAGUCAACCCCAACAGAAACUGGCGAGGCUAAGGUUGAGGGAGAGUCUGGUGCUGAUGGAGAAAAGGAGAGACAGAGGGUCACAGAGAUCGGCAGUUCGACCGGUCUGAAGAAGCGAAAGGUCGGGAAGAUUGUGGGUGCCGAAGACGAGGGAGAGCCAAACCCAGACGGCAAUGAGACGCAUGAACCUCCAAAGAAAGCUCAGACUGCGCAGAAGAAGGCUGAGGAUGGUGAGAGCACGAAUACGAAAAAGCCAGGAUCAGGAGCUGCGAAGAAGAAGGCAAAGAAGAUCAAGCUGUCCUUUGAUGAUCCAGAUGGGUGA